ACAAGAGGUCACCGUUGGUUUUCAAGAUGGCGGCCCUCAAUGUGCUGGUGUACCCCAGUAGACGGCUGCUCCGAGGGUUCCUGGCUGGCCCGAUCGCGACCAGCUGGGCUCGGCUUCCAGCUCGCGGGUUCAGGGAAGUGGUGGAGAUCCAAGAAGGGAAGACAACUACAAUUGAAGGCCGGUUAACAGGGACUCCCAAGGAAAGCGCAAAGCCCCCGAACCCCUCUGGCCAGUGCCCCAUCUGCCGGUGGAACCUGAAGCACAAGUAUGGCUAUGAGGACGUUCUGCUGCUCAGUCAGUUCCUCCGGCCUUGUGGAGGCAUGCUGCCUCGAAGGAUCACAGGCCUGUGCCAGGAAGAACACCGUAAGAUUGAGGAGUGCGUGAAGAUGGCCCACCGAGCAGGUCUCUUCCCAAAUCACAGGCCUCAGCUUCCUGAAGGAUUUGUUCCGAAGAGCAAACCCCAACUCAACCGGUACCUGACCCGCUGGUCUCCACGCUCUGUCAAGCCCAUCUAUAAUAAAGGCCACCGCUGGAACAAAGUGCGCAUGGCCGUGGGGUCACCCCUCCUGAAAGACAACGUCUCCUACUCAAGAAAGCCUCUGAUGCUGUAUCACUGACUGGGAGCAGGGCUCCCUGAGAACAUGACCAGAGCGCCUGCACUCCAGCCCCGUCCCGCCACGGCAGCCCAGCUCCCCCGGCAGGUGCGAGCGGCGGUGGGACCGACUUCAGUGCCCCCAGCCCACCUGGCAACAGCACCAGGAUGAUGGUCGGGUCCCUGAGCAGCAGCGGUGGUCUCGUGACCGCCGUGGGCCGUGCUUAGUGCUGGGGAACAGGAGUUCUCCCCAAAGGAAAGUCAUCAACCAGGC